GUACUACAUAUUUACAUAAUAUACUAACUGUACAAGACGUCUAAUACUAUAAAUUUAAAAAUACUAGAACUAUCGAAUUUAAAAUGUUUAAAUAGUAUAAUAACAAAACUGUCUAUUUAGUAUUUACUACUAUUUAAUAUUUAUUAUUUAUUAUUCAAGUAUAAUAAUAUGAUUGAUGUAGUAAUGUACUGUGUAUGAACUACUAUAAUCUUUAUUAAAGAUCUAUAAUUAGUAACAACUAUAAUUCAAUAAUUGGUACUGAGUAGGAUCCUUUUUCAUUUUAUUUUUGCUGUAUGAAAACAUAAAUACUAGAGUAUUACGAUGGAAUUACCAAGUAUUGAUAAAAUUGAAAUUCAAGUGGAGUUCAUUGAUGAUCAAGCUGUUAAACAUCUAAUAACAGAUGACGCAAAAAACCAUUCAACCAGAAAAAAUAAAUCCAGUGACGCCACCUCACAUAAUACUGGAGUUCUAAUUAAAUGUAAUAAAACAAAUCGAAUAUUAGAUGAGACUUAUGAUGAAGAGUCUGAUGAAAACGAACCAAAUGUGACACUAAAACCCAAAGCAUUAUUUGAAGAUGGAGAUGUCCCAGGUGAACGUAUGUUUGGUUUUCAUUCUAAACAAAAUAAAAGGCACACAACUAACCAAAAAAAUACAAUUUCACAACAUAGUGAAAAUCACCAAUAUCAUAACAAAGAUGAACAAAAAGUGUGUAAUAUUCGUCCUCAAGCUUACUCUGAUGAUGAAAAUCAAAUCAAAUCAAAAAAAUGUACUAGAUCAAAAACUUCAUCUGCUAUAUCCAAAAUAAAAAAUGAAGUAUCAAACAUCGACUCUCCAAGAGUGACUGAUGGUGCAUUUGAUCACGAAACACCUAAAAAAUUAAAAAAAAUUCAUACUUCUAAUAUUUCUGAACAAGUGUCAUCAAAAACACCUAGAACUAUUCGGAAACGGAUUGCAAAAGGAAUAGCACAUCAAAAAUUUGAACAACUUAAUGAAUUAAAUGAUUCAGAUUAUAGUAUUAGUGAUGAAAGUGACAGUGACUCUAGUAUACAUACAAAUCUUAAAACUGUGCAGCCAGAGGAAACACAAAUUUCAUUAAGAAGAUCUAUAAGAAAGAAGGAUGUUCCUUUUAUAUAUAAAUCAGAUGAAUAUUUUUUAUCCAAGUCAGCUAAAUCUGUGAAAAAGUCUAAGACAUCAGACAAUACUUUGAAAUUAUUGAAAAAUCCUGUUUUAGACAAAGAACAAGUUGAUCAACUAUCAGGAAAUUCUUAUACUAAACAUGAUAUAAAGAUAAAGACAUUGUACAAGAAUAUUAUGUCAAAUUUUCCAUACUGGUUGUCUUUGCUUAGGGAAGGGUUUAAUUUACUACUUUAUGGGCUUGGGUCCAAAAGGCAAAUCAUCAAUGAUUUUAGGACGUCUGUAUUGGCAGAAGAGUCUGUUUUAAUGAUUAAUGGAUUUUUUCCUGGACUUACAAUGAAAGAAAUACUUGAAUCUAUAACUAUUGGUUUAUUAGACCUAGAUAGCUGUCCAGGAAGUGCUGAACUUGCAAUUCAGCAAAUCGAAGAAAAACUGAAAUUAAAAACUUCUGAACAUAUUUAUAUUCUUAUAAACAACUUGGAUGGAGUUGAAUUACAAAACUACAAAGCACAGCAUAUACUUUCAAGGAUUAGUUCGUUAAAAAAAGUACAUCUAAUAGCUUCUAUGGAUAGAGUAAACUCUGCUUUAAUGUUUGAUAAUACAAAACUUGGGGAUUACAAUUUUCUUUGGAUGGACUGUACCAAUUUCUUACCGUAUACGGUUGAAACUAAUUUUAUACAAUCCUUAAUGGUAAAAAAUAUUGGAACACAACAUUCAUUUUCAGGUUUGAACAAUGUUUUCAAAUCGCUUACAUCCAAUGCUAAAAGUAUCUUAUUAUUACUGAUUAAGGAUCGUAUUGAAAACAAAAAUGAUAAAAAAUAUGGAGGAGUUCCAUUUUCAACUUUGUACCGUUGGUGUCGUCAACGGUUUCUAGCUAGUACAGAUCUUGCUUUGAGAAGUCAGUUAACUGAAUUUGUUGACCAUGAAUUAGUGAAAUGGAAACGUGAUGUUGAUGUGCUUUAUGUUCCUGUAGAUAUUGAUGUGCUUGCUCAAUUUUAUAAGCAAAAUGAAGAAGAUGAUGAAUAAAACUCAAUGUUUAGUAUAUUUUGUUUUAAAAUUCCAAAUAGAAUAAUUUUAAUAUUUAAAAUAAUAUAAUAUACAACAUACAAUAAAAAUUUAUUUUUUAAAUAUUUAA